AUGGCGAAUGGGCAAAUAGUUACUUUCGGAACAUAUGGUGGUCCAGGAGGAAAAUCAUGGGAUGACGGAACCUAUAACACAAUAAGGGAAUUAAUUAUAUACUCGGCAUGGGAUAUUGAUUCCAUCCAAGUUAUCUACGAUGUUGAAGGAAAACCAGUAUCAGGAGAAAGGCAUGGUGGUGACGGCGGAAAUGAAAAUAGGGUGAAAUUGGAUUAUCCUUCCGAGUACCUCGUUUCAAUAUCAGGGUACUAUGGGUACAAUUCUAGUAAAAUUUUUAUUGUGAGAUCUCUUACAUUACAAAGCAAUGUAAAACAAUAUGGACCAUAUGGUACCAAAAACGGAACUCCUUUUAUAUCCCCGCUAACUGUUGGCAAGAUUGUUGGAUUCUUUGGAAGGGAGAGUUCUCGUUUGGAUUCAAUUGGAAUAUACAACCAGCCAUUCCACGCUACAACACCUAUGGGUCCAUUUGGAGGUGAUGGUGGAAAACUGUGGGAUGACGGAACCUACAACAGCAUGGUAAGGCAAAUAAUUAUAAACUCGGGAUGGAAUAUUGAUUCCAUCCAAGUUGACUAUGUUGAUAUUGAAGGAAAGUCAAUAUCAGGAAAAAGGCAUGGUGGUGAUGGCGGAACAGCACAUACGGUGAAAUUAGACUAUCCUGGGGAGUACCUCAUCUCAAUAUCAGGGUACUAUGGAUCCAAUUCUAGUCGAAGCCUAGUUGUGAAAUCUCUUACAUUAAAAAGCAAUAUAAAGCAAUAUGGACCAUAUGGUAAAGAAGAAGGAACUCGUUUUAUAACCCCGUUGGCUGCUGGCAAGAUUGUUGGAUUCUUUGGAAGGGAGGGUGAUCGUUUGGAAUCGAUUGGAGUAUACAUUAAGCCAUUCCAAACUGUAAUACCUGUUGGUCCAUUUGGAACUACUGCUGGACAGGAGUGGGAUGAUGGAACCUACAACACAAUAAGGGAGUUAAUUAUACACUCCGGAGCGGUAAUUGAUUCCAUCCAAGUUGUCUAUGAUGAUAUUGAAGGAAAGCCAAUAUCAGGAGAAAAACAUGGUACUGACGGCGGACAACAAAACACGCUAGAUAAAGCGCAUGAUAUCUACAAAAAAUACAGUUCCAAUGAUCUGCCAAACGUACGUGGUACUAAAUCUGGCACAAAAGCCAUGGUCAAAUUGGAUUACCCAGAUGAAUUUUUGCUUUCAAUUUGGGGGUACUAUGGAACAUUUGGUAACAAGGUUUGUAUACGGUCGCUUGGAUUUCAAAGCAACAAAAGAACAAUUGGACCAUUUGGCGUGGAGGAAGGAGAGAAGUUUCAAUCCCCAUCCACACGUGGCAAGAUCAUUGGAUUCUAUGGAAGGUUUGACCAGUUUCUUACUUCAAUUGGAACAUAUCUCGACAAGUAA